GUGACCUCACUGUAAUGUUUACGUUUACUCUCAAUUAGAAACUUUUACAAAAAGGAGAAGAUUCAGGUCAAAAUGAUAAGUGUUAUCUUUUACAUUUUCUAUAAUUUCUUUCCAGAAUGUUCUCAUUUAGGGAAUCCAGAAAAUGGGACGAUACUUGGGAAUGUUAACAAGAUAGGUGCAGUAUGGCGGCAGAACUGUAACACGGGGUAUUAUCUUGAGGCAGGUAGCAAUAUGCUUAUAUGUGACACUGACGGGCAUUGGAACUCAACGAAAUGUAUUAGAGAUUGUGUACCAUUGUCUAAUUACACGGGACAUCUUAGUAUCACGAAACUUGGGUAUCAAUGUCAAAGAUGGGAAUUGAACACCCCACAUCCACAUGAUUACCACUCCCCGGAAUAUUUUCCAGAUGGAUCCGAACAACAAGCUGAAAACUAUUGCCGUUCUGCUGGCUUUAAUUUUUUAUGGUGUUAUACAACCGAUGCAGACCAAAGAUGGGAUACUUGCAACAAUCCCGAUGAAAUAUGUUAACAGUGUCUUAAUUCGAUAAUCCUUUUAAAAACACGCUCGAUGAUUGCUUUUAACUAUCCCUUCACUUCACAGUCAAUGGAACGUUUUAACAGUGUUUGGAUGUUUCUAAAUUCAAAAUUUCACCAUUUCAUGUUUAAAUUAAGCCGGUGCUAGGGCCGUGGACGGUAGUUUGCACUUUACAGUACCGUCCAUGAACAGGCUCAAUCAAACCGAGCCUGCAAAAUUUUCAAUUAUUUGUGUUGGACCUUUCUUUAGGGAUUCUUAUUUUCUCUAUUUUAUCACGCCUAUUAAAAUGCA